AUGGCGACACCGCUGGACAUCCGCCUCGGCCUGACCAAGCCGGAGGAUACGGCAUUCAGGCUCCGCUGGGGAAUCCUCGGUUGCGGCCCCAUCUCCUCCGACUGGUGCAAGUGCCUCAAGGAGGUACCUGGAGCUGUACUGCAGUCUUGCGCGGCGAGGGAUGCCGAGAAAGCAGGAAAGUUUGCCGCAAGCCACGGUGUGGAGCAGGUGGCAUCAGACUACCAAGCACUUGUGAACUCUCCUGAUGUGGACAUCGUGUACAUCGGCACAAUCACCCCUCUGCACAAGGAGCAGGUGCUGAUGGCGAUUUCUGCUGGCAAGCACGUGCUUUGCGAGAAGCCUUUGGCCACGACUGCAGCGGAUGCGGAAGAGCUCUACAAAGCAGCCGAGGCCAAAGGUGUCGCUCUAAUCGAAGGAAUGUGGACGCGCUACUUCCCAGCGGUGGAACAUGCUCGCACAGCCAUCGAACUAGGAAUCAUUGGUGAAGUGCGGAUGGUGCAGGCCGACUUUCCCGAGAUCUGUUAUGCAGUGCAGUAUGCCCCGCUCUUUUUCGGCACAGCCGCGCCAACAGCGGUGGUGUCGGCGGGAACUGGCAGCACGGGCGGCGGAGCCGUGAUCCACUACGACAGCCGAG